UUUGUUUUAAAAAAAAAUCGGUUUUUUUCCUGCAAAAUUUACCACAGAUUCUCAAUUUAUCACCCUGAACUCUCUGCAUAGAUCGAACAAGGAUUAGGACUGGUUAUCAGACGAGAAAUUAGGGUUUCACUAUUCUUAUUUCAUGGAGAGGUAACUACAAAAGAUUGGUACAAUUUAAGGUAUUACGGUGCAAAUUCACCAUAGGGGUUGGGCCCAGACUAGGGGGUUUUUGGCAUGAAAUUGGUAUGAGUAAGGUUGGUUUUAGAAUUGCCUAGUAUCGUGACAAAUUCCUAAAUUAGAAAUUCAGCGAAAGGAAUGGUACUUCUUCGAGGAUUGGGAUCUCUUAUAUGCAGAUGACUUCGGAUUGUGACGACAGGAUGAAUAACGUUUUUAACAAUCAAAUAUUAGCUGAGAAGCUCUCCAAGCUCAAUAACUCUCAGCAAAGCAUAGAAACAUUAUCUCAUUGGUGUAUAUUCCAUCGAAAGAAAGCAAAACAGGUAGUUGAGACGUGGGAGAAACUUUUUAAUAGCAGUCAGAAAGAGCAGCGCAUUGCCUUUCUUUAUCUGGCAAAUGACAUUCUACAGAACAGCAGGCGAAAAGGGAGUGAAUUUGUGAAUGAAUUCUGGAAGGUCCUCCCUAGAGCCCUCAAGGAUGUCUUGGAGAAUAAUGGUGAACCUGGGAAAAAAGUGGUCACUAGACUGAUGGAUAUUUGGGAAGAAAGGAAAGUAUUUGGAUCUCGUGCACGGAGCCUCAAAGCACAAAUGCUUGGAAAAGAUCCUCCACCUUUACCAGAGAACAAUGGAAAGAGCUCAAAUUCGAAUUCUAUCAAAAUUGUGAAGAAGGAUACAAACUUCUUAAGAAUAAAAUUGGCUGUUGGAGGUAUGCCAGAAAAAAUAUUGUCUUCAUUUCAUUCUGUGCAUGACGAUCAUGUUAAGGAAGAUAAUGCUUUAAACAGCUGCAAGGCUUCUGUUCACCACAUGGGGAAGUUGGAAAAAGAUGCUGAGACUGCCUGUUCACGUGGAGAUCCACAGGGAGCCACGUUGGCAAAUGAACUAGAUGAGCAGGAAAGCAAUUUGAGACAAUGCAUUGAAGUACUUAAAAGUAUUGAAGCUAAUAGAGCUUCUCUGAUAAUCCAACUGAAGGAAGCACUCCAGGAACAGGAAUCCCAACUGGAGCAAGUUCGUAAUCAACUAAAGGUAGCACAGGCCCAAAUUGACCAAGCCAGCAGAAUCCGGCAUCGCCUCGCCACCGCACACCUCACCACCUCAUCAGACCUAUCACCACCCCCCACCAACCCCAACCCAACACCAAUCCUGAACCUGACCCCCCCACUUUCUAACUCAAACACUAAAAGCGCAUCAAUUCCUGAACCCCCCAAGAAAUCAGCUGCUGAAUUAGCUGCCGAAAUGGCCGCCAAGCUCACUGCCUCAACCUCAUCAGCCCAAAUAUUCUCCUCUGUUUUAUCUUCCCUUGCAGCUGAAGAAGCUGCCUCUUCCCAAAAAUCUGGGUCAUUUUUUGGGCAAGAAGGCACACCUGAAAAUUGGAAUGAGAGCCCAUUAGAGAAGAAGCCAAAGCUUGAGAAACCAAUGCCCGUCUUUACUCAAAUAACCCAGCAAAUAACUCAAGGCCUGGCCUUUCCGCAACCUCAUAUGCAACAAUAUGUGCAGCCUAGUGGAGGGCUAAUGAUGGGCUUGGCUUAUAGUUAUGGGCCUGGAGGCCCACCAUUGCCCCCACCUCCUCCAUUGCCUGUUCAUGCUAUGAUGGGUCCUAGGUCCAAUGGACCUGUGCAUGGGCCUGGGCCUGGGCCAGCAACGCAACAAAUGAUGCUCCCAGGGUUUUACUCCAAUCCAGGGACCGGAUUCUACAUGCAGGGGAAUAAUCCACCACCUGUACCCAGGUAGUAUGAGAGAGAGAGAGAGAGAGAGAGAGAGAGAGAGAGAGAUUUUGACCCAGGGAAAGAGAGCGAUCUUAACCCUUUGUAAAAUUGUUUAGGUUUUUAUUUAGCUGGUAUUUGUACUAUAAUUUAUUGAUACCAUUUCCAGCUGUGGAAUUCUUCCUCAUCUUUCUUGAGUCUUAUGCUAUCUGGGGGGCUGGAAAUUGGGUUUGAUUAGGAUAACUUUUGUACUAGUAGGAACACCAUUUCUCACUCUUUAGUAUAACUUUAGCUGUAAUCUAUGGUGAGUAGCUAUGGGUUUUAUUUAA